CCACAGCUGACGAUGACCAACCUUUUAGCUGGCAGCGCUACGGAACUUAGCGACCAGCUAGCGCUCCUUAGUAGCGUCGUUUAAAAUGUGUACGCUAUGACCGUGUGGCUGUUUUACUUCAGCGAAGGUGUGUUACGGCGGAAUAUAGACGGGCGGUGUAAAUGUGUCCUGAUACCCGAGUACCACGCUCAGCUUGUUGUUCCUCUCGUUACCUAACUUGUGUAGUCCGACGGGAGAAUCGGAGGAGGGUCCAGCUAUCGAAGCUAACAGCUCGGAGGCUAGCUCAUACACAGCGCAGCUACCUUGUUAGCCUUCUGGUUUGUUAACUACUUUGGUCUGGCUCGACUGCGCUUUGAAUGGUGUUUGUUUUACAAGAUAGCACCCGAUCCAUCCAGUCCUGGAUGAGAGGUUGACUGGAGCCUUUGGUUACCUGUGAUGUUCCGAGCUUUCCUGGCUGCAUCACCAGACCUUUUCUGGUUCAUUUUAGUAGCCAUUUUUCACUAGUCCCACACAAGUCUCUGCUUGGCAACAGUAUGGUCUUUUGCACUGGCCCCACCCAGCCCACAGGGACAAGAACCCCCCAAAACCAAGCUCUCCAAAUGAUAUGAUAGUAGCCACCUGGAUUACUUUCUGUGCCUGCAGGAGCCUUGUACAGGUUCUGCUCUUCCUCUCUUCCUCAAAGUCCCUUCAUCCAUUCUGGGAAACACUUGCCAGUUUGGUCUCCAACUCUGGAACCAUGGGUAAUAGCUGUGUAUGUCGAGAAGAUAGUGACUUGGAGGACCAACAUCAUGGUUCAUCGAGAGCAACCCGAGGACAAGCUAGGCGGGUGGAUCACAGUGCAGGUGUGGGUGCUGACGCAGCAGAGGCUCGGAGCAGUCGGCCCAGGGACCCGGUCAGGCCACCUCGUCGAGGUCGAGGGCCUCAUGAGCCGAGACGGAAAAAGCAGAAUGUAGAUGGCCUGGUGCUGGACACGCUGGCUGUCAUCAGGACACUUGUAGACAACUGUCCCACAUGCGCUGCAGCUCUCGCCUCGUCUAAGAGUUGCCCAACAGAGGUGCUCGUGAGAAACGAAUGCAAGGUGCCACUGGAUCAGACAUUACCUGGUCUUAAACCUGCUCCCCAGUACAAAGUCUUGGUUGUCCAGUCUCUGAUACGAGUGAUUCCACUGGAUGAUCCACUAGGCCCUGCAGUGAUCACACUUCUCCUGGACGAGUGUCCUCUACCCACCAAGGAUGCUCUCCAGAAACUCUCGGACAUGUUGAAUCUGAGUUCAGCCAUUGCACAACAAGACGCUCUAAACCCCGCUAAACACAGAAACACCACUGCGGUCCUGGGAUGCCUGGCGGAGAAGCUAGCCGGAUUGCCCAGUAUCGGGUUGUUGAGCCCUGGAACCCUUGAAUACCUUCUAGAGAGCCUGAGCUCCGAGGCCCACCCCACUGUCAUGCUGUUUGCUCUCAUCGCUUUGGAGAAGUUCUCUCAGACAAGCGAGAACAAGCUGACCGUGUCCGAGUCUUCGAUCAGCGAUCGUCUGGCUGUUCUGGAGUCUUGGGCAGAACAUCCUGACUAUCUAAAGAGGCAGGUUGGAUUUUGUGCACAGUGGAGCCUCGACAACUUGUUCCUAAAGGACGGUCGUCAGUUCACUUACGAAAAAGUCAACCUCACGAAUAUCAACGCCAUGCUGAACAGCAACGAUGUUAGCGAGUACCUCAAGAUCUCCCCGACUGGACUCGAGGCGCGAUGUGACGCCUCAUCCUUUGAGAGCGUGCGCUGUACAUUCUGUGUGGAUUCGGGCAUUUGGUACUACGAGGUGACGGUUAUUACAUCGGGGGUGAUGCAGAUCGGAUGGGCCACCAAGGACAGCAAGUUCCUAAACCAUGAAGGUUAUGGAAUAGGAGAUGAUGAAUACUCGUGUGCGUACGAUGGCUGCAGGCAGCUAAUCUGGUACAACGCUCGCAGUAAACCUCACGCUCACCCCUGCUGGAAGGAGGGAGAUGCCAUCGGCUUCCUGUUGGAUCUCAGCAAAAAGCAGAUGAUCUUUUAUCUGAACGGACAUCAGCUACCGCCAGAGAAACAGGUGUUCUCAUCUGCCACGUCCGGCUUCUUCGCGGCAGCCAGCUUCAUGUCGUACCAGCAGUGUGAGUUUAACUUCGGGGCCAAGCCUUUCCGUCACCCACCUUCUGUCAAGUUCAGCACCUUCAAUGACUUUGCUUCACUGCUGCCCAGUGAAAAGAUCAUCCUGCCCAGACACCGGCGUCUGGCCUUAAUGAGGCAGGUUAGCAUCCGAGACAACUGCUGCACGCUGUGUUGCGACGUCAUGGCCGACACAGAGCUGCGGCCCUGCGGACACGGUGGUAUGUGUAUGGAGUGUGCCUUACAGUUAGAGACGUGCCCCCUCUGCCGUCACGACAUCCAGACCCGCGUCAGACUCAUCGCACACGUCUCCUGACACACUUCCUGCCCUCGCUCCAGUAAACGGAGACACACAAGCCCUUUAGCUUCCUCCUCCUCCUCUAAUCCCCUCUUACCCCACAGGGCUGCGAGGACGUUGCCACGGUGUUGCGAUAAUGGCAGAACGCUGAAUUCUGGUCAGACGAGACGGCGGCGAUGGAGGGGUGGAUAGAUGAAAGAAAGGAGAUGAGAGGAGGGGCAAAAAACCGACAGCUGGAACCCCCAGGAGCUUUUCCUCGUGUAUCUACAUCUCCUCUUUUAUAUCCUUCUGACAACUCGCUGCAGAAGCUGGGCCAAGAAAACUUUCUACUUUUUUUUUUUCAAAAUAAAAGCGCAGAGACUGUGUAACUCGGCUACAGACAGAACCGAGUUCUUAUCUCCAAGCCCCGUGUAAAGCUAUUUAAAAACACAGAACCUUUCCAUCACGAGGAUCCCACUUGUGCUUUCAGUCCCGAGGCUGCUACUAUUUAACCCCAUCGCCGUCACGCACACGUCUGCAGACGUGACAGGGCUUGGUCACAGAGGAAAGCGCAGCCUGUAGUACAGUAUUAAACCGAAGGUACAAACUUGAAA